AUGGUUGUUACUGAAGGCGAACCUUCUGCCAAAUCCACCUUCCACCUGGCGUUCACUGUUACCAAUAUAAAGAACAGCAUCGCUAUCAUUAUUAAACAAGAUGAUGAUCACUAUGCGAUACAUGUGGAUUUCUUUCACAUUCACAUAUGUGUCUACAAUGUCAAAUAUCACAAUGACAAGAAAUUGCCAAAGCCAACUAAUAUUGACAAUACUACAUGGACCCGUCUCGAUGCCCUAGUGAAACAACGGAUUUAUAACACCAUAUCCCCAGAACUCGCCCACACCAUCAUGAAACCUGGUGCUACUACCCUUGGUCUUUUGAAACAUCUGCAAGAAAUCAUCCAAGACAACCGCACCACUAGAUCCGUUUAUCUCAAGGAGAAAUUCAACAAAAAAUAUCUUUUGGCUUUCUCCAACAUCACUGAUUACUGUGCAUGCCUCAACAAACUUGCCGAUCAACUCAAGAAUGUGGUCAAUCCCAUAUCAGAAAUAAAAAUGGUGCUUAAACUUGUCUCAAGACUCACUAAGGGCGAGUAUUACAUGGUUGCCACCAUCAUUCAACAGACAGACCCUCUUCCUAGCUUUAAUAAAGCAAAAUCAAGCCUCCACCUUGAUUUUUUUUUUUCGUAA